AAGUGUUGCAUUUGGGCUUAUGCAUGCUUCAGCAUAUUGUGGAAUGUCAGUUGGUCCAGUUUUAGGAGGUAUUAUUGUUGAGGCUACGGGAUCGGCACUUUCAGUAUUCUAUGUGGUUAUUGGUGCACUAUCUGUAUUUUAUAUUUUCGCAUCAUUUAUACUUCCAGAAUCUCUUUCGCCAGAGAUACGUCGUCAAAAUGAAUCAACAGUUUCUUUACCAUCACCAAAAUAUAUAUUUUCAGCUUUGAUCAUUCUUAAUCAAACGCCUAUAUAUUCUGAAGGUGUUAGAAAUAAUAUAUGGAAGAGAAAUACUCU